GCUGCAGCCCUGUCCGCAGCCUGGAGCAGAUGCUGGCCUCCAGCCCCGGGAAGACCCCCAUCAGCCUCCUGCAGGAAUAUGGCACACGCAUAGGGCGAACCCCGGGCUACGACCUGCUGAAGGCCGAGGGCCAGGCGCACCAGCCCAACUUCACCUUCCGUGUCACCGUCGGCGACGUCAGCUGCACCGGUGGGGGACCCAGCAAGAAGGCAGCGAAGCACAAAGCAGCGGAGGUGGCUCUGAAGUUGCUGAAGGGGGGGGAGAUGCUGGAACCCGGCGCCCCAGAGGAGCCCAGCUCUCCUUUCCCAGAGCCCUUGGCAGAGCCCGGCCCCACAGCCACCCCCCAGGCCCCCGCUGUCCCCCCCCCAGCUCCCAGGGGUGCCCCCCCUGGAGGUGAAGGCGCCCGUGCCCCCCCGCAAUCAGAGUGUAACCCUGUGGGGGCUCUGCAGGAGUUGGUGGUGCAGAAGGGUUGGCGCCUGCCCGAAUACACGGUGACCCAGGAGUCGGGGCCGGCGCACCGCAAGGAGUUCACCAUGACGUGCCGCGUGGAGCGCUUUGUGGAGAUCGGCAGUGGCACCUCGAAGAAGCUGGCAAAGCGAAACGCGGCCGCCAAGAUGUUGGUGCGCAUCCACAACGUCCCCAUGGAGCCACGUGAGGGCAGCGAGGCUGAGGUGGAGGAGGAUCAGUUCUGCAUGGCCGGUCCUCGGCUGGAGGGGCUGCGAGGCCGCGCUCCGGGCUGCACGUGGGAUUCGCUGCGUAACUCCGCGGGCGAAAAGAUCGUGCAGCUGAGGAGCCACCCGUUGGCACCCAUGGGUGCUGGCGCCUGCGCGCUGCUGCAGGAGCUGUCAGAGGAGCAGAGCUUCGCCAUCAGCUACCUCGACAUCGAUGCGCUCAGUCUCAGCGGGCUGCACCAAUGCCUGGUCGAGUUGUCCACACAGCCGGCCACCGUCUGCCACGGCGCCGCCUCCUCCCGCGAUGGCGCCCGCUCCCACGCCGCCCGCAACGCCCUGCAGUACCUCCGCAUCAUGGCGGGGGGUAAAUGAGCCCCCAGCCCCCCCCCCCCCCC